UUGGUCCAUCCAGACAAGGUGAUGCAGGGGGUGGGUGUCUCUGUGCAGCGCUGGGUUAUUUACAGCGUGGUGUCGGGGGGCUGCUCACACGUGCCGCUGCCUGUCGUCUUUGUCUUGUUUCCCAGCUUCACGGGCUGCAAUGGGUACUGUCUUCAGGGAGAGGCGCUGACUGCUGCUUUUGCCAUUUCCUAACAUUGCAUCCCUUGCAGCAGUCUUCACCAGCAUUUACUCACUGCAUCACGAGAAAAGUCUCACCCGAUUUUGCACGUCUUCCGAGGCACAAUGACCGGAUUCCCGCAAGCAACCCAGCGUCGUCUGUCCACCUGGAAGAUGCUAGGAUGAUGCAUCUCUUUAUUUGGGCACCUUGUGAACUGGUUCUCUUUGAAUGAUGCACAGAGAGAUUCUCGGUGUGUUUAUGUUUUACUCUGAUUUGGAAACCCCACAUCCUAAAAGAAGGUCCAUGCCCGGACUUUUGUACCAUUAUCAUCAUGUCUCCAGCAUCGGCUGCGACAGCCAGUGAAAGCAGCACCACCACCGUCCCCGAAGAGGAGCCGGACAGCCCCCGAGAGGAGCAGCGGCCACAGAAACAGUCCCUGACUAAAUCUCUGUGCCAGGAAACUCACUGGAAAUGCCUGCUGCUGUCCCUGUUGAUGUAUGGCUGCGUCGGCGUGAUGGUCUGGUGCCAGGUUACCAAGGUCACACGCCUCUCCUUUGACAGUGCUUACAAGGGGAAGUCUAUGAUGUACCAUGACAGUCCUUGCUCCAACGGCUACAUCUACAUCCCUCUGGCCUUCUUGGUCAUGCUCUAUGUGGUCUACCUGGUGGAGUGCUGGCACUGCUACACCAGAAAUGAGCUGCAGUACAAAGUGGAUGUGAACAGUGUGACUGAGCGUAUCCAGCGAAUGCAGCAGGCCACACCCUGCAUCUGGUGGAAGGCCAUUAGCUAUCACUAUGUCCGGAGGACGCGACAGGUGACACGGUACCGUAACGGAGAUGCCUACACCACUACACAGGUGUACCAUGAGCGGGUCAACACCCAUGUGGCUGAGGCGGAGUUCGACUAUGGCAACUGUGGAGUUAAGGACAUCUCGAAGCACCUGCUGGGCCUGGACAGCUUCCCUAUCACCAGGCUGAGGUUCACUAAGUGCUUUAGCUUUGCCAAUGUGGAGUCAGAGAACUCCUAUCUGACCCAGCGGGCCAGGUUCUUCACGGAGAACGAGGGUCUGGAUGACUACAUGGAGGCCCGUGAGGGGAUGCACCUGAAGAAUGUAGACUUUAAGGAGUAUAUGAUUGCCUUUUCUGACCCUAAUCACCUUCCCUGGUAUGCGUCCAACUCCACUUUUUGGGUGGCAGCUGCUUUCACCCUCUCCUGGCCUCUGCGGGUGCUGAUAGAGUACCGCACUGCUUGUGUACACUUCCAUGUGGAGAAGCUGUUUGGCUUUGACUAUGUGCCAGUAACACCAUCUGAGGAGCGGCCAUACUGCCGACACAUCCCACGAGUCAACACAAUCGACAGCACAGAACUGGAGUGGCACAUCCGCUCCAACCAACAGCUUGUGCCCAGCUACUCAGAGGCAGUUCUCAUGGACCUGACCCAGCUCUCAGGAAGCUGUAACAGCUACUCCAUAUGUAGAGGCUACAGGCAGAACUGCGAACGCUGCCACCGUGCCAUCAGCAGCUCCUCCAUCUUCUCUCGCAGUGCUCUCAGCAUGUGCAACACAGGGAGCCCCCGCAUCCCCUUUAGCGCCAGUCGCUUCUCCCUGGGCCGACUUUAUGGUUCCAGGCGGAGUUGCCUGUGGAGGAGCAGCGGGAGCCUGAAUGAGCGUUCCUGCCCCACGGAGAGCACACACUGUCUGUCAGGCCAACAGCAGACCAGUGAGGAGAACCCUCCAAACUAUCAGGAUGCUCUGUACUUCCCGGUGCUCAUUGUACAUCGCAACGAAGGCUGCCUCAACCACGACCAUCGCUCUCUGCAUAGAAACGGCUCCUGUGUAGAGACUUCACUAUGACCCACAUCUGCCGCACUGGUCCAAGAAAGAAUAUAAUAAUACAGGAACGGCGUGAGAAACCUCUUGACCUCUGGGCUGGGAAAACAUUGACUUCUGCUUCUCUCUUUUAGCUACAGCAGGUGUGACUCAGCCACGUGUAAGUUACCACAAACUACUGUAAAAGCCACUGUAGCCUCAAACAGGGAACAAAGUAUGUGUGGGAAAUCUUUACAGUACAAUAAACAAGUCAUGGAACAAAGGCCUGAUGGUCUUGAUGAGACUGUUUAAAAUACAAUGUGGCUUUAAGGAACCCUACUUACAUGGCAUGUACAGCCCUAAGGGUUGAAUACCCAGGAGAGUCACAUCCUACUGUAAAUGCCACAUUUAUAGAUCUUAGUCACUGACAGUUUGUAAGGACAUGAGUAAUACUUCUAGUAUUUGCAGCCUGAAAUGUUUUGACUUAGCAGUAGCUUAAAAAAUUGCCAAGAAAUGAAGGGACCAUUAAUGGAUUCCUGAAUGAGAAAUAAAAUAUUUAAAAAUUUUCCUGAUGCACACAUCAAGUAAGAUAUGUGAACUGGGUGAAUCAUGAGGGAAAAUGCUAAAAUACUGUAUCAGCAUCCUUGUCAAAACAUAGCUAACAAGUACAAAUAGUUCUGAUGAAAUAACAUAGGUCUUAUGGCUCUUAUAAAAAAAAGAAGUUAACUCGUGUCCGAAUACAAAAUCUAAACAUCAGCAAUAUAAAAGAUUUUGAUACUGAAUGCUCACAAAAAUUCAUUUCAAAGAGGAAAACAUUUCUGUAGUAUAAAAAUAAAUAUUUGAUGCAGAUGCUAAAAUAUCCAGCGAACAGAAAUCGGCUUGGUUGCACUGACAUUAUCCUUCCUAGCUCGCUAAAUAUAGCAACACAGUCGAUGAAUAAUUAAGCACAGGAGGGCUAAAGGACACGAUAAGUUCAAACUGAAUUACCAACUCUCCCUCAAACUGAUUCUUCAUUACUAUGAAGUGUAUAUGUUCUAUAAUGGCCCACUAGAUUGUAAUAAACCUCCCCAUAAUAUUGAUGGAUCAGUGUUAACUCAACUAGUUUAAAAUCCAUUUAAUUUAAUUUAAUAUUUGGCAAUAUUUUAUUCAGCCUACCUCUUUGUUUAAGUGCCUAGUACUCAACUGGUUCUGAUAAGCAUAAGCUACCGCUAUCUAAAUUCAUCUCAUCACAAUAUGUUCCCAUUAAAAUAACUUAAAUGUACACUUACAGUAGCACAUGGUAUACAGUGUAUAGGCGAAGCAUUAUGAAUUAUUACCUGAUCUAUUUUUUUUUAAUCAGACCCCAAUUCAGACUCUAAAUACAGAUGAUUUUUCUUUUCAGUGUAACAUAGCAGGGGAAAAGCCAGCUCAGCGCUGCUGCUGCGUAUCAGAGAGACAGGCAGAGAGCUGGCCAUCAAAGGCGCUAGAAAUAGGCCAAGUCCUGGAUUCACUACUGACAGUGUCAUAUUUAAUAAUAUGACAGGAUUACUUUAAAGCACAAAAAAUACUUUCUUUCAACUGAGUGAAUGCAGUAGCUUAGUCACGGUGAAUUUAGUUUUACAGCCAAGUGAUGUAAAACAAUACAAUGUUUAAUGGUAACGGUGAUGAAAAUUGAGCAUGCUAAAUAAAUAAAUAGGUAUGGAUUUGCUUCUAAAAUGCUCACUGAAACACAACUCAUCACUCAAAGUACGCCUUAUUUCUUCUAUUAUUCAUUCAUUCAUUCAUUCAUUCAUUUUCUACCGCUUCUUCUAUUAUUCCUUAACAAUUAUGAAAAAUCUUAGUGCUACUUUGAAGGAUGAAAAGAAGCAAAGAGCUCAUACAAGAAAGUAUUAAUUUACACACUAGAUUUCAUCUCAGGAGACCUGCAGUGAAAGAUAAACUGGAAUGGAUCACUGGCAGAUCAUUUACUCUAAGCCCAUCUGAAUCAUCGAAUUUCUAUCAAUAAGAGUCUUGCAUUUUGUGGGUUGGGCAUUUUGUGUUAUUUCCUGUAAUAACUUGUCUUCACAAUAAUGGGCUCGUCCUGUAAAUUCGGACCAAUCAGCCAUACUCAUUACAUUCCAUGUGUGGUGUUAGAUUUGGAGUUGUGGACUGUCUUUGUAGCAAUACUAGAGAAUACACUAAAAACAACAACAACAACAACAAAA